AUGAGCCGGCUCUGCCUCUCCAUCGCCCUUCUCGUCCUCCUGGGCACCCUGGUGGCCUGCACCUCAGGGGGUAAACACAAGAGCCAUGCCAAAGAUUCCCUGCCUGCCUUCUGCCUGGAACCUCAUCACACGGGUCCCUGCAGGGCCCGGAAGGUCAGGUACUUCUACAACGCCAAGUCCGGGCACUGCGACAUGUUUAUAUACAGCGGCUGCCGAGGGAAGAACAACUUCCCAACAGCACAGGACUGCAUGAAGACCUGCGGUGGUCACAUGGGGACCCAUAGCAAGCACCGUGCCUACGUGCAGCCCUGGUCCCCUCGCUGCCGCCCCCCUCCUUGGCCUGCUGCUGAGCCUGCCCCCAGCUCCCAGCCAGAUGUCCCAGAGUUGGGAGCACCCCACUUCCCCGAACCAGAUGCUCCUACCUCCUACCAGUACCAUCUCCCGUCCUGCCUGGUGGAGGCCCCCGGGGUUACCACUGGGCAUCUGGCAGACGGUGGCACAGCCGGCCUGGCAGCACUUGAGGUCGGCCACGCAUUCCCCACCUGA